AGGCGGUCUUCUAAAAACUCGACAUGCAUGUGAAUUCUUUUUUUUCCCCAUACUCUUUCUUUUUUUCUUUUUUCUUCUUUCCUUUUUAUUUUUUAUUCAAUCUCCUGUUUAUAACAUAUAACAAUAAUGACGACUCUACCUGACUCAUUGAUGGUUAUACCUUUGGAAAACAAAGUACUUUUACCCUCUGUUGUAUUGAAAUUAACAAUCAAAGGAAAAGAUGCUUCCAAUUUGACCCGAAAACACUUCAAGUUAUCAGAACAACGUAAAUCAGCUUACGUGGUAUGUGUUCCCUUGAAACCAACAACAACGACAAGUAAAAAGGACUCUGGUGAAAAUAACAAGAAAUUACCGACAACUGUAGUGAAGAAAUCAUCAUCCACUUCUUCAAUUUCUGACGACUCAUUAUUAUUACAACCUCAUGAAAGGGAUUUACUUUACGAUUAUGGUUGUGCCGCUCGUAUUCUUCGUGUACAAAGAUCUGGUUUGGGCGUCUUUUCUGUGUUUGUAGAAGGCAUAUCUCGAUGUAAAAUAGAACGCCUUUUAUCCCCUUCUUCAGAUACCACAAUGACCAUGGCCAAGUUGAUUCAUAUGGACCCUCCUACAAAACAAGAAAUGGAAGAUGCCAAAGAUGAACUUAUUGCUUUUCGAGCUUUAGCUAAGGAAUUCCUCUCCAAGAUGCGUGAACUUCAACUUCCUGACACCUUGACGGCGCAGCUUUCCAAAUUGAUCGACAAUGUUUCCCCUCUGACUUUGGCUGAUCUCAUGGUGUCUGUGAUUGAAACUUCUUUUGAUGAAAAACUAUUGAUGCUUUCUACGAAUCAAGUCAAGGAACGUUUGGCAAAAGCUUCAGAAUGGAUGACACGACAAUUACAUGUUUUGAAAAUCAGUGAACAAAUUCAUUCAAGUAUUGAAGGCAAACUUAGCAAAAAACAACGUGAAUUCUAUUUGAGACAACAGCUUGAUGCUAUCAAACAAGAACUAGGUGAAUCAGAUAAUUUUUCUGGUGGCAAGGAUGAUGACGAAAUGACACAAUUGGCUAGAAAAUUGGAACAAGCUAAUUUACCCAAAGAAGCUGCAACCAUAGCACAACGUGAAUUGAAACGCAUCAAGAAACUCCAACCUUCUUCCAGUGAAUGGUCAGUGGCUCGCAAUUACUUGGAAUUGAUUGCUGAUUUACCUUGGAACAAGAAAUCAGAUGAAGUUUUAGAUAUUAGUCGUGCAAAACAACAAUUGGAAGGGGAUCAUUUUGGAUUGGAUCAUGUCAAGAAACGAAUUAUUGAAUAUUUAUCUGUAGCCAAAAUCAAAGGGGAUCUCAAAGCGCCCAUCAUUUGCUUUGUUGGACCUGUAAGUUAUGGAUAUAUUAAAAAAUUUUAUUCAUUUGUUGACUUUUCUUCUUUAAAGCCUGGUGUAGGAAAAACAUCACUUGGAAAAUCCAUUGCUACAUCAUUGUCUAGAGAAUUCCAUCGAAUCUCAUUGGGUGGUGUUAGAGAUGAAGCUGAUAUGCGUGGUCAUCGUCGAACUUAUGUUGGUGCUAUGCCUGGUUUGAUCAUUCAAGGUUUACGUAAAGUGGGUGUUAACAAUCCUCUCUUUUUAUUGGAUGAAAUCGACAAACUUGUUCACUCGACUCAUUAUGGUGAUCCUGCAGCUGCUUUAUUGGAAGUAUUGGAUCCAGAACAAAAUAACUCAUUCUCUGAUCAUUACUUGAAUUUACCAUUUGACCUAUCCAAUGUCUUGUUUAUUGCUACAGCUAAUACGGUGGACACGAUACCUGAACCUUUAUUGGAUCGUAUGGAAUUGAUUCAUUUGAAUGGCUAUACCUUUGAAGAGAAGUUACAUAUCGCCCGAUCACAUCUUUUACCAAAACAAAUAGCAGCUCAUGGUUUGGAGCAAGAUCAAAUACAAAUCGAUGAUCAAGUUCUACUUAAAUUGGCUGAAAACUACACUCGUGAAAGUGGUGUGCGUAGUUUGGAAAGAACUUUGGCUUCUGUAGUACGUUCAAAGUGUGUUACUUUGGCUGAUUUGCGUGAAUCUGGAAAUGAACAUGAUUACAAUCCAAAGGUUGAUUUACAAGAUUUGGAGGAAAUUCUUGGGAUUGCCAAAUUCGAAAAAGAAGUAGCGGAACGUGAUCCUAUACCAGGUGUUGUGACAGGUCUUACUUACAGUGGUUCAGGAAAUGGUGGAAUUCUCUUUAUCGAAACUUCUAAGAUGCCUGGAAAAGGUGAACUUCAACUUACUGGGUCUUUGGGUGAUGUGAUCAAAGAAUCAGCACAAAUUGCAUUGACCUGGGUCAAGUCACAUGCUUAUGCAUUAAAGAUUGCUUCAUCCAAUGAUCAAAACAUUGUUGAAAAAUAUGAUGUUCAUGUUCAUUUCCCUUCAGGUGCUGUUCCAAAAGAUGGUCCUAGUGCUGGUGUUACCUUGGUAACUUCUUUGGUAUCAUUAUUCUCUGGAUAUUAUGUACCUACAACGACGGCAAUGACGGGUGAAAUCUCGUUACGUGGUCAAGUUUUACCUGUGGGAGGUAUCAAGGAAAAGGUGAUCUCAGCUCAUCGUGCAGGUAUUCGAAAGAUCAUUCUCCCUUAUCGCAAUCGCAAGGAUGUCAAACAAGAUGUACCAGAUCGGGUCCAACAGGAUAUUGAAUUUGUUUAUGCAAAGACUGUAUGGGAUGUACUUGAAGCUGCAUUGAUUAUUGGUGAUACAGAGAAAUGGACAACUCGAUCAUAUGAAAGUCAUUUAUAGUUCUAUAGUUAGGUUCUAUUUUUUUUUCUUAUUAUUAUUAUUAUUAUUGUAUGAAUGGUUGACAUUAGAUAUGUAGAAUUUGUUUAUUAUUUUAUGAACUUUUUUAUUAUUAUUAUUUGAUUCAAUAAAAUGGGAAUGAUUGAAAAAGAAAAUAAAA